CACACACACACACACACACGGACACGGACGCUUUCUUGCUCUCACACACUCUCUGUCACAAACUUUUUGAUUUUCUUGCUCACACACAUUUUUGCUCUCUUGCUCUCUCACACACACACUCUGACGGACGGAACAUCUUCCAGCUGCUGUGAAAGAACAUAGAAGACAGAACAUAGAAAACGGAACACGGAACACAGAACACAGGUGUUGCCAUGGGUGUGUUCAGGUGGUGUGUGUUGUGCUGCGUUGGUGUUUUGACGUCAGCAAGACCACACACAGACACUACUACAGCGGACAGUUCUUCUGCAGUGAGUGGAGCGCCAUCUGACAGGAGCGCGACCAAUCAGAAUUCACUUCUGCUACACAUCAGACACGCCCCCCUCCACAGGUCUGCAGGUGUGUUCUUGGGCGUGUCCCGUGUGAGGCGGUCCCCGUCACCUGCUGGCCAAUCGAGAGCCGGCCCGGCGCUGGUCAGCCAAUCGCGCGGCGGCGGCUGCUCGUUGGGGACGUGCACAGUGCACGACCUGGCGCACCGCCUCAGCCAGCUGAGCAAGAACACACACGCUCCCAUGGACAAGAUAUCACCCCAGGGAUACGGACGCUAA